GAUAACACUUUAUAGUUUACAGUGUGAUUACUCUCGUAAAACUGCUAAAAUAUCCAGUCCCAAAAUCCGUUGUUAUAACCGUUGGAAGUGCAUCCGUAAUUUUUUUGUGGUGGACGUUUUAGUAGGCGUUUUCUACAACAUGGCAGCCAUAGACUGCAAGGACCGUCUGCUUCCGGGUUCCCCGAUUCGUAGCCCUGCUCCCGCUCCGGCCGUGACGCGCAGCAACACCUGGGCGGAACGCGGGAAGGCGCUAUUGGAGUGCCCGGCGCUCAGUGAUGUCUCCUUCGAAGUCAACACACCGGACGGGCCCGUAAAGAUCCCUGGGCAUCGAAUUAUCCUGAGCUUAGCCAGCAGCUCCUUUGAGCAGCUUUUCACGGAGGACGCAGCCGCGGAUGGGAUCGUGCGCAUUAAGGAUGUAGGCCUGGAAGCGUUUCGAAAUAUUUUGCGGUUCCUGUAUACGGAGAGCUGCUCGCAGUUAAGCGAGACGAACAUGGUCGACACGCUUCUCGGCGCCAGGAAGUAUCAGCUGGGCAAUCUGGUGACAGUGUGUCAGGCCUACAUCCGCGACCACGUCACGGGCGAGAACGCCAUCAGCUUCGUGAACCAGUUAUCCGCAUGCGGCGAAGCAGAAUUGGCCGCCAUCUGUCUGAACAAACUCGCCCCCCGCCCCGAGGACCUCUUUACCUGCGAGUCCUUCCUCAGUUUAAACCAGCAGACGCUCUAUGAAUUUGUGAAGAAAGAAACGUUUGAUGUACCGGAGACCGUCCUAUACGACGCUUUGUGCCGAUGGGCCAAACACGCGUGUGAGGCGGUGGAGGUGGAGCCAACCGGGACGAACAUGCGCGAUCGGUUGGGACUGAUUUUCCCGCUGGUAGAAUUUAAUAAAAUGACCGCCAAGCAAAUUCUGGACGGGCCUUCCAAGGAUGGCUUGCUAAAGCCGGAGCAGACGGUGCAGUUACUGGAGCAGAUAAUCCAAGCCCCGCCUCCUCCUUCGCCCGCCCCUGUUUGCCAUCCCCCGAGUCCCACUGUGCCCCCACGCAACAAUUACACCCGCCUGUGCCGCUUCGGGUCAUACGCAGACGUAGAUUUAACGAUGCAAAACUCCGUGGCCUUGCCACACUGGAUCGGGCUGGCCGCCAAUCAGACCAUCUAUCUUCACGGUGUCGGUCUGUACCGUCCGACUGACCAGCCGGUGGGAGGCCGUUUCAUCAAGAUGUGCGCCAGUGUCGCCGUGUUCCGACGCAAGAACGCCCAGUUGCUGGGAUCAACCGCCGGCUCCUUCGUACUGGACGCACAGAACGAGAGCUCCGUGUGCCAUAUCCUCUUCCCGACGCCGAUGCGUUUUGAGGCCAGGGAGACCUAUGAAAUCUGUGUAACGUAUAUAAAGGGUCUGCCGGGAUUGCGCGGCACCAACGGCUACUCCAAGCUGGUGGACCGUCCCAAGGAUCCCAAUUCGCUGAUUGUCGUGGUGGAGUCCUGCCGGAUGCCGCGCUACUACUGGCAGGCGGCGCGGGAAGGCUACCACGGCAACCAGGCGCAGCGCCGUCAGACCAGCUGUCCGCGCUGUGCUGCUCUGCCGGCACCGCGCCGUUACGACAACGAGAAUGCGCCGUACUGCGAAUGCAGUAUCCCGCCGGCCGCAACCACGGAGUUUGCCGGCCAGAUACCCGAGUUUCUCGUGUCCAUCGCGGCGCCACGCACAUCGUCGUAA